UUUAAACAAGCGGAAGGUUGACGAGCUAAGACUGGAGAAAAGUGGACGACUUUCCGAAUCCGAGGAACAACGUCUAACCAAUUGAUAUUGCCUUUCCAUUUGUCAUUGAUUCAUUAGCAAUGCUUACUAUGAAUGCUAAUGGUCAUACAUUUAUUAGAACAUUAUCAUUGGUGAACAUCUAAUUUGUAUAAGGGUAAAUACAUCACAUGAGUUCUAAUGCCAAACGCCAUUUGCAGUCUAAAAUUCGUUGAAAAUUUUACUUUAUAAUGUUCGCAACUGAGAAUAAACAAAGUGUUUCCAUAUAUCUAAAAUUCAUAAAUAUCUAUCAAUGGAUAUUUUCCAUAUUUGGUUUGACUGUACCACCUCCUCUGCUACAGGGAAAUCUAAAUCGCUGGAUACAUUCAUUGCUAUUCCUUUUGUAUAUGGGCUAUUGCUUGCUUUUGAUAGCCAUGGCCCUAAAUAUGGCACUUAUACACCAUGUUGCUAUUGAAAAUGUUAAUCGGCAAUAUCAACUAGAUGCCACAACGAGAAUCUUGAGUUAUUCCCAAAAUAUACUGCUGGUGGCGGGUCAAAUCUCUAUGGAAUUCAUGGCCUUGGGAAAUUAUAAAAAAUUGGGCAGACUACAUAUGAUGAUUAAAGAAUUGGAAUACAAUAUGAAAUCUUUGUGUAAUGGAAACUUUCGAGCAAACCCUCUGAAAUGGAAACUUUUGAGAAUUUCAGGUUUAAGUUGGCUGAUAUUGGUGGGAGUUAUGUUGAACCUCAAUAAUACCUUGACGUCAGAAUUUGCCAACAUGGAAUUUAGAAUAGCUGUGCUAUUUUUUAUGGCCGCCGUACAAGUGAAAUGCAUUGAAUUUGGAGUUUACAUACAAUUGGUUUAUGAGUUUCUGUUGCAUGUGCAUCGGCAGUUGGUUUAUUUGAUAGCUCAGAUUGAUAAAGCUUGCCAGCUUCAGUUUACUGAAGAGAAUCCAUCUUGGCCUUUCGUGCAAAAAUUGAUGAAGAUUCAAAUGAUCUUAAAUGGUAUAGUAUUGCUGGUUAACAAACUGCUGGAUUAUUUUUCUUGGCCUCUACUGUUCGUGACCAUCUACAACGGCGAGGCUCUUCUUAAUGUGGUAAAUCUCGCUUAUUUGCGAGAUAAACGUUUCAAUCAAAAUGUCUACAUACAUUUUCUUGUGCUCUACAUACUGGUACUACUCUCAAGCCUAUUCGUAAUAAGUUGCUUAACUCAAAGAUGCAUUAAAAAGUAUAAUUCCAUAGGUUUGUUUAUCCAUACCAUAAAUCUCUCAUCCGAAGAUUGUGGCAUUAUUAUGCGCAUGCGAGAAUUUUCAUUGCAAAUAAUGCACCAGGAUUUAAUUUUUACCUGUAAUGGCUUUUUGGACAUUGAUUUUAAAAGUUAUGGCAAGAUGCUGCUGGUAAUAUCCUCCUAUGUAGUCAUAUUAAUCCAAUUUAAGAUGGAGAUUGCCAAUGAGACCGAAAUAUUUACUUCGCAACAAGUGUUGAAUAAUUAUUGAGUAAUAUGAAAUAUAAUGGGGUUUUCAAUAAAAGUCAUAUUUCUGUAAAACUUUUCAUAAAUAUUAACUCAGUUCACCAA